AUGUCAAUUAAAAUUGAUCAUAUUCUCAAAUCUAGUAAAGAACUUUAUCCACGAAUAAUAGAAGAAUUAUCUAGUCAAUUCACCAAGAAAUAUGAUAAGAAUACCAAAACAUUUGCACAAUUGAAUACUUGGAAAGAAGAUGAAUUGACCAACACAUUAUUGAAACGAUAUCAAGAAACAGAAACUACAUGGAUAACUAAAGAUGAAUUGAUUAAUUUACUUGAUUGGAAACUAGCCAAAGGGAAAUUUAGACCAAUGUUACCCAAAUUAAUCAAAUCUAAUGAUAAUAUAGACGUGGAAGAAAUAACAAAACAAGGGUAUCAAUACUUGUUGGAUUAUUUUAAAUUACACACUAGUAAUGACAAACAAAAACAACAACCAAAACUAUUGGAUAAAUUUUGGGGUGAAGCUAAUGAUCAAGAUAAAAUUGAAUAUUCGGAAGUAAUAAAGAAAAGUUUUGAAAAAUUUACUUUAUUAAAAGGUGUUGGUCCUGCCAUGGCAAGUCUUUUAGCCAAUCUUUUAAUCAAAAUAAAUCCAUAUUUGACACCACCAUUUUUCAGUGAUGAAAGUUUUUCAUUUUAUUAUAUGGAAUCAUUUCGACCAGGUGAAAAAAUUAAAUAUAAUAUGAAAGAAUAUAUUGAAGAAUUAUUACCAGUUUAUUUGGAAAUUAUAUCUCAAUAUCCAGAUGUGACUAUGAAUACAUUGGAAAGAGGAGGUUGGGCAUUAAAAAAUUAUCAAAUCCAAAGAAAUGAAAAAUUAGCCAAUAUUGAAAUUGAAUAUAUUACUACUACUACUACAGAUAAUGAUGAUAAUGAAGAAGAAGAUAUUAAUAGGUUGAAAUUAGAUCAUAAACCAGAUUUGAAAUUAGUUGCUUCAACACCAAGAAGAAAGAAACAAAAAAAGUGA